UUAAAUCAAUCUAACGUAAACAUUUAAGUUUGGCGGGUAUUUAAGACUCUCGUGCUAUAAAACAUUAUGGUGAAGUGGUGUGAAAAUCAGUUUUCCGGUCCCAGCGACCCAAACAGUUUGAAAGUCCUUACAUUAAAGCGUAAGAAAAUCACUGCUGAGAAUAGAAGAGAGCAAUUAAAAUUGCUCCAUCAAUUUCAUGAAGUAAUGAAAAAUUGGAAGGGCGAACUUCCCAAUCUCCGAAAAAUUUUUUGGCCGGAAGAAAUAGAUUGGCAUCUCUCGGAUUCCAUAAAGUACCUUGGAAAAGAAUGUGAACUAAUCAUCGAAUUCGUGGCUCGCACCGGUUACAAAGACAAGGCCGCAGGCGGCAAGCAACGGUCGCUUCGUACUACACCAGUUCAUUAUGCGGAUAGCUGGUGGCAUGAUUUCUCCAACGAAUCGAUGCGAGAUCUAUUUCAAAUAUACGACAGAUUUGAAGUAAACUACACAAACGAAGGAGGCAUAACACAUUUUCAUGUGGCUUGUAAGUACGACUGCGUCGAAGCCGUCGAGAAAUUCCUCAAGAAAGGCCAGGAUCCCGACAGCCUCUGGCCAAAAACGAGCGAUCCAUUGCUGCACUUGGCAGUGGAACGGGGUCACCAGGAUAUCGUGCGACUGCUGCUGAAAUAUGGCGCCGAUCCGAACAAGAUCGAUGAGCAUAAACGCACACCUCUGCACGUCCUUGGGAAAACGAAGCACGAAGGUGACAAGGGCUCGAUAAUCUUUGAGACCUUCUUCGACAUGUGCGACCAAUUAAAUCAAGAGGUGCAUAUCGACGCCCGAGAUGAGUGGGGCUACACACCGCUACUGGUGGCUCUGAAUCGGUGCAACAAUAAGGUAGCUGAAUUGCUUUUUAGAAACGGCGCUGAGUCGAAUGUGGCCGAAUCAUAUGGAUAUACACCUUUGCACUUGAUUUGCUCUAAACCUAAUGAUGACGAAUGCGCGAAGCUCUUGAAGACAUUUUUCGACAUCAGCGACAAAUCCAAACGACCGAUUGAUCUCGACGCCGUGACCGAUUGGGGUUGGACGGCACUCAACUCAGCUGUGAGGCACGAAUUCUAUAAGACGGCCGAAUUAUUGGUGCGAAGAGGAGCCGAUCCAAACGUAAUCGACAAGUAUCGAUCGCACGCACUGCACGCGAUUGUCGAGAAAGGCACCGACGACGACGAAACGGCGAGAUUCUUGGAGGUGUUCUUCAAGAUCUACGCCGAAAAAAAUCAAAUGGUACUGAUCAACGCUCGGGACUUUUGGGGCCAGACACCCCUGCACAUAGCUCUGUAUCGUGUCCGCAGGAAGAUGGUUGAAUCGCUGUUGAGAAAUGGCGCCGAUCCUAAUUUGACGAAUGAAAAUGGACGGACUCCUCUCCACGUGAUGUGCGAAUGUAAGAAAGACGAGGAACCGACGAUGGAAAUGUUGCAGAUAUUUUUCGACCUAUGUGACGAAGUCCAUCUGUCGGUUGAGGUCGACACUCUGGACCAGUUUGGCGAAACACCGCUGCAUUCGUCUCUGAAUAACGAUAAUAAGAAGAUGGCCGAGUUACUGCUGAGAAGAGGCGCAGAUCCGUAUUUGGUCAACAAGCGUGGAUGUACACUUUUGCAUUCAAUUGUCGGGUAUGCUGUGAAAAAUCUCGACAGUGAUUUUGUGGAAACAUUUUUCAAGAUGUCCGACGAAGUUGAUCGAGUCGUGCAGGUCGAUGCUCGAAACAAGUCGGGCGAGACACCAUUGCAGAUAGCUCUAAAUGGUUGCAAUAAGGAGGUAGCCGAAAUACUGCUGAAAAGAGGUGCCCAGAUUAAUUUGGCCGACGAGGAUGGGAUGACUUAUCUGCACAAUUUUUGCCAAUCUCGCACAAUGCUAUCAAAGUUAAAGACAUUUUUUGAGAUAGACGACAAAUUUCAUAAAAAGGUACAGGUCGAUGCCCGGGACAAGAGAGGUUGGACACCACUGCAAUUAGCCGUGGUUAAUCUCUUGCCGGAUGUGAUCGAUUUACUCUUGGAUCGAGGCGCUGAUCUGUCCAGCUUCGUUUUUCCCUCUGAGAGUGACUUCGAUGAGAGCUUUGAGCGUAUGAACUCAAGAUCAAAAAUAGAACUAGCUGGUAAUGCUCUGGCAGUCGUCGAAAAUCUCGAGAAAAGAGGAUACGAGCUGUAUCUAAGCGACGCCCUGGCAAUCAUGAAAUUAUUCGCCAAGUAUGGAAUGUUCGAAAAGUCGGAGGGACUUAGAAAUUUGUUCGAACGCAUUCAGUUAUCACGGGAAGCGAAACAAGUAAUGAUAAGUUAUGAUGUUGUUUUUGAUGAUGAUGUUGAUACGGAGAUCGAGGAUGACGUUGGCGAGAAGGAGAGUGAGAAGGACCAAGAACAAAUUGAGGUUUCGAAUGAAGUCGAGAGGAGCGAGGAGCAAAUGAACGAGAUACCGAAUGCAGCCGAAAAGGUAGUAGAGCGUCAAAGUCUGUCUCUCCACGACCUGAUCCGGUUAAAACCCACAGAGGCUGCGAAACUUUUCCAAUACUCGGAUUACUUGGACCUCGCGCGCUCAACGGAAUUUAAGGAGCUCUCUAAACAUUUUAGAAAGGCUUGUGCUGUGCAUCUCUACGAGAAAAUGUCGAGAGGAUUUUUCUGGAGCUGUGCACUGGAAUCAUUCUUGGAUCUGACUCAGUACCGACCGCCAAUCCCCUGCUGUGAGAAGAUCUUCAAAGAUCUGAAUAACGAGGAUUUAUAUAACAUUUGCUUGGCGGCUGAAAAUCGCUGCGAAAGGAAACAGCCAAAACACGCGACACCGUACCCAAAGGCCAAAGAAGCUCAAGAAAUGUUAUAUGUACUUGUUCCAAAAUUCGAUAUUUCCAAAAAUCGAUACAAUAAUAUCGAUUCAAGGAUACAUUAUUGAAAAAUCGAUUCAAUAAUAUGUUAUUGAACUUCAAAUAACAUUUGUAUUACACGAUGAAAAUAAAAUUAAAAAGAUAUAUUGUAAAUUUAUGUACACAGUUUGGAGGAAAAGACCUGACAUGUGUUAUUAUUUAAAAGAAAACUCAGCUCAUUAAGGUAGCUGGACGAUGAUAGUGAUAGUAUAGAUUUAGCGUAUCUAGGUUGGUAUUUAUAAGCAGACGAGGCGGUGCUAAGUGGCGAAAUCACGACAAAGUUCAUCUUCAAAAUUAAAUAUCUCUUUAAUUAGUUCGUCGAGGAAGAUAUUAAAUUAUAUGAAUAAAAAUGUGUGGAUUCAAGCUAUCCGCUGGUAUGUUUUUAUGUAUAUAUAGAUAUAUAAAAGAUAGACAUAUCCGUACGUAGAUAGCCAAGAUACAGCUGAUUGUAGCACUAUUAUAAUAUUAUUGUAGUUUUAUUAUAGUAUUAUUAUAUAUAAUUUAUACCUGUACAUAAUAAUGGCUUUGUAAUAACAUCUUCUUUCUCUUAAAAUAAAUCAAAUUGUCAUUACAUUUUUAUACUACUUUGAAGAUUUUGAUAUACAUUUUAUGUGCUGAGAUAACUUUCACUAUUCGAGAAUAGCAAAGAUACUGUAGAUUUUCUAUUUCAUAUAAGAAUCAUAUGGGCUUUUAAUAAGUUUUAUAAUGUUUAAACAACUUCCGCCGAGUCAAAAAGUCUCGGUUGAAAUAUUGGCGAUACUGGAUUUUUUAGUCAAAAAUUUUCACCAAUUUUU